AUGAAAAAUGGUAAUCAGCAGGAGCCUUCUCUGAAGCAGCGAUACCUCAAAGUGUUUUUGGUUGUGUCAGUUUACUGGUUCUGCUCGAUCGGUCUUGUGUUUUUGAAUAAAUACCUGCUUAGCAGCGACUCACUGAAGCUGAAUGCGCCGUUAUUUGUUACUUGGUACCAGUGUGUUGUUGCGGUGGCCUUGUGCUCUGCUUGCUAUUAUGCUGCCAGAUUGUAUCCGGAUUGGUUCACAUUCCCAUCUCUCUCGUUUGAUCAUCGUAUUUCAAGAGAGGUGCUUCCACUCUCGUUUGUAUUUGUUGCAAUGAUAACCACGAAUAAUUUAUGCUUGAAGUACGUGGGUGUCUCAUUUUACUAUGUUGGCAGGUCUCUCACCACUGUCUUUAAUGUGGUAAGUUGUGUGAACCUACUUCUUUACUGUGAUUACUGA